CAGAGCAGUCUCACUGGGGACUCUCUCUGCCGAGCUCACUGCUGUCCUCUCUUCCUCAGCCGCUGGCCUCUUUUCAGUUUCCUCCCCUCGGCUCUCUUGUUCUUUUAGUCCACGACUCACCCUGUGGAUUUGUUAUUCCCUGGCUCUCUGGGAAACCGCAGAACAGCGCUGUCGUGACUUGCCAGCUGACACUGCAAGGGAAGGAGAGAGCAGAAGAGAAGGAGAGAGAAAGUGAGACAGACCAAUCGAUUACUCUGAUACAAAGGAGAGGCUCUGGGAGAGGAGAGCAGAGGCAGUUGCAGUGUUUUUCUAGCUCUUCUGGUUUUCAAGGAGAUAUUCUUUGACAUUUCUGGGAGUCUUCUGAAUCAGUUGAUUCACAUCCAUCCUUUGAAAAGCAAAGACUUCUAAUUGUCAGGACGGUUUUGACACAUCAAGGACCUGCCCUUCCUUCCUCAUCAUCAUUUAGGACUUUGGAGGAGGACCUCUUUUGAAGUUCAAUGUUUACUAAGUAAUUUAUCUCCAUUCUCAAUGAUAAUGCUGGACACUAACCAUUGCCUGUCCAUUGAACCCUCCCCCCCGGGAUCUCCUCCAAUGGCAGACGACAUGGAGAAGGCAGCACUGAAGAUGGAUCAUGACAGACUUGUCUAUCACAGCCUGAAAGAAGUCCUCCAGCUCAAGCUUCAACAGAGACGCACACGAGAAGAGCUGGUCAGUCAAGGGAUCAUGCCACCACUGAAGAGCCCUGCAGCCUUUCACGAACAGCGGAGGAGUCUGGAGCGAGCAAGGACCGAGGACUACCUGAAGAGGAAGAUCCGGAGUCGUCCUGAGCGCUCUGAGCUGGUUAGGAUGCACAUUCUGGAGGUGCCCUCCACAGAGACGUCGGCAGAGCCGUCUCUGCAGGCCAAGCAGCUGCAGCUGAAGAGAGCGCGACUGGCCGACGACCUCAACGACAAGAUAUCUCACAGACCAGGUCCCAUCGAACUGGUGCACAAGAACAUCCUGUCUGUCAGCUGCCCUCUGCAGCACUCACUGCUGGAUUCUCCGAAGGGAGCCGGGGGAGAGAGCUCGUCUUUAGAUGAAGACAGCAGUGAUGCUCUGUCACCAGACCAGCUAACCAAUCACGACUCUCCCCUGAGUGCCGUCCCUCAGCUGUCGCCCUCUGAUGUCCUCACCCCGAAUGGGGACAUUUCUCCCACACAGUUUCUUACGCAGCCCCCUCCUCCGCCGCCUCCCCCCCGGGUGAAUGGGUCCGACUCCUCCCCUCUCCCAAAAAUAACAAAUGGGACAAUGGUGACCUCUGCAUCCUCUCGCCCCUCCAGCGGACAGGUCAAGUCUCAGGCUAAGUCAAGUUCAGACCGUCCUCCACAGAGACCUAAGAAACCAAAGGACAGCAAGCCCAAGGUGAAGAAGCUGAAGUACCAUCAGUACAUCCCUCCAGACCAGAAGGCCGACAAGGAGCGUCCGCCUCAGAUGGAUUCGUCCUACGCGAAGCUCCUCCACCAGCAGCAGCUCUUCCUGCAGCUGCAGAUUCUCAGUCAGCAGCAGCAGCACUACAACUACCACACCAUCCUGCCCGCCCCACCCAAGCCACAAACUGAGCAGCCUCCCACAACCAACUCUGGCCCUUCUCCUUCCCGUAGCGUUCAUACGACGACCACCGCAGCCUCCACAGGUCAGACCAUGACUGUCCGUCAGAGCCAAGCUGCAGUGGGAGGAGCCAAACCAGCCACUCUGCCAGCCAACCUGGAUGAGUUCAAAGUUGCUGAGUUGAAACAAGAACUGAAAUUGCGUGGUUUGACCGUCUCAGGCACCAAGAAUGAUCUCAUUGAGAGGCUCCGCAACUACCAAGAGCAAAAUGGCGGCACAGCAGCAGUUUUGAAAAAUGGCAUAUCUCAAUCCAGCCUCCAGGGCACACCAUCAGCUGUAAGCACCACCGCAUCCUCUCCCACCACGACCCCUGAUCACCAAUCGGUGGAGGGUGGGUUUAAGUUAGCUUUGUCCUCAUUGGCUCAGGCAGUUCCAGGGCGGGUCAUGCGAUUUGGCAGCACCAGCUCGAGCCCUCCUGUAUCACCUACUCCAUCUGAGAGGUCACUGGCCGGCAUGAGUCCAGAUGAAACAAGCUGCAAUGGAGACAUGUUUGGAGAAAUGGUGAGCUCUCCCCUGACCCAGCUCACCCUCCACCCCUCUCCUCAGCACCCAUCAAACAUCUCUCCACUCUCACAGCCUCUCUCUGUGGUCAAAGAGGAGAUCCACAGCUCAUGCAGCCUGUCCAGGUCUUCACCUGCAUCUGCCCAGCCUGCAGAGCCCCUACCUGGAGUAGCAAUGGACACAUCAUCUAUGGACAAAGACCAGAUGCUGCAGGAGAAGGACAAACAGAUUGAGGAGCUUACAAGGAUGCUGAGGCAGAAGCAGAGGCUGGUGGAGACCCUGAGGUCCCAGCUGGAGCAGGGCAAGAUGGCAGGUGGGACAGUGGUGAAGAAGGAAGGAAAUGAGAAGAGCAAAACUUCCCCAGAGGUUAAAUUCCAAACUCUAAUAAAAGCCUCAGCCAUCCAGCCCCCCACGCUUCCUAAUGGUAUCGUGUUGAAGGUGAAGAAGGAGCUGGAGCCAGAGGAAGGAAUGGAGGGAGUAACGGAGGAGGCCCAAGCGAAGAAGCCGGCCCAGCCGAUGCAGUGCUCUCAGGAGACUCUGCUCAGGCUGCAGCAGAUUCAACGGCUGCAGGUCCAGCAAACUGAACAACAGAAACAGCAGCCACAACCAAAGCAGCAGCAGAGUCAGGUACAACUGCAGAAAGUGACGGAGGCUAAGCUCAGCCCUCAAAAACAACAGCAGCAGCAGAAGAAAGAUGCUCAAAUCCUGCUCCAUCAGCAGCAGCAACUGCAGCAGCUUAUCAUACAGCAAACCCAACACAAGCAGCUCCUGGCCCAGCAGAAGUUGGCGCAGCAGAAACUGGCCCAGCAGAAACUCGCACAACAGAAGAUAGUGCAGCAAAACCAGCUAAAGCAAACACAGGGGCACAUCCAAGCUCAGCAGAAGAACCAGGUUCAGCUGAAACAGGUUCAGGUGCAGAUCCAAAACCAGGCAGGGACAAAUCAGAAGCCUGCAGGGAGCCAAAUGCAGCAAAGGAAGCAGCUGAAGGCUCAGCAGAGGCAACAGCAGAAACAGCAGACGGCAGCUGCUACCACACAACAGGUGACUCCAGUCAUCAUCAACCAACAGAACGGCACUCCUCUCCAGACUCAAGCCUUUUCAUUAGACCUCCUCAAGGCCAACGGCACGCCCACGCUGGUCACCGACAGCAACGGCAACCACUAUCUGAUAGCUCUUACCAGUCACACCACGGACGGACAGAACGGAGUGACCUCACUGGCCAAAACCAAUGGGCGGAUCACACUGCAGAGAUUGCAGUCGACUCCAAGUAAACUCCCGAGCGCUGACAGCCAAUCAAAAGAGCAGCCAGAGGUCGGGCCUGCAAGUCAACCAAACAAGAAGGGACAGAAGGCAGGACUCCACUUGGACACCAAUGGUGCUCCACAGCCCAGCCAGUCAGCCACUGCUCCGCCCAACCUGCAGCCUUUCUUCAACGACAUGUCGGACAGCGAAAGCCAAAGCAACUUAAUGUCAUCUCUCAAGAGAGAGGAGGUGUGUCCGCCUUACGACCGGCACACACUGUUCACCCCUCCCUCUCCCAACCCCAACACCUCCCUUCCUCCUCAGCGUUCCAAACAGGAGAACGGCGUGAACAGCCAGCAGAUGGACGACCUGUUUGACAUCCUGCUGAAAAGUGGAGAAAUCCCCGGCUUCAAGGCCAACCCGGACCCUUCGCUCGCCCCUCUCCACUCUGACCCACCCUCCCCAUCUGCUGCCCCGUCCCCCCUCCACCUCUCCCCUCCCACCCCGACAGAGCCCCUCAUCUCUCCUCAGCCCUCUGUGGGAGAGCCCUGCUCAGGCAGCGGGCGGCUGGAAGACUUUCUGGAGAGCACCACGGGGGCCCCGCUGCUGGGCAUGGAGUCGGACGGCGGCCUGACGCUGAUCGACGACCUCCACAGCCAGAUGCUGAGCACUCCCAGCAUCCUGGACCACCCUCCCUCCCCCAUGGACACGUCCGACCUGGGCUUCUCCCCUCACUCUGCGGGGCUGGACUUCGGCGACCCCACGCUGGACAGCAUGGACUGGCUGGACAUCUCCAUGGUGGAGAGCGCAAGUGGAGGAAGCGAGGACAAUGGAGGAAGGAGAGUAGGAGGAGGCGGAGCCGGCGAAGGCGACGGGGGGACGAGUUUAGCCCCUCUGGCACCGCACACGCCGCCAAGCGUCUUCUCGGCCGAUUUUCUGGACAGCACAGACCUGCAGCUGCACUGGGAGUCAUGUCUGUAGCUCAGACACACACAGAUGGACAUGCGGUCGCUCACACUGUGUACAGACUCCGUCUUUAUUUCAUGCACAUACAGAUACCUUCUCUAUGCUGUCUCUACCACUGCGGGGGUCGCUGGCACAUGCAAACACACACAUUUACACAGUUUGCCCUGUCUUUCACUGGCUGUUACUGUAUGCAAAGUGAGGUCAAAUAAGCAAAAAACACAGACGUUAAAUUCAUAGACAGGACUUGAACUUGGUGAAGUGGACUUUUUUUGAAUUUUUAUUCUAUGGGGAUCCGUCAUCAGACUCGUUACAGGCAGGCUGAUAAAAUCCCAUUUCCUGUGUCCUGACCUGCAUAAUUACUAGAAAACCGGAAGCUGCAGGUCACUUCAAUCCAUUUCAACCCUCGGUAAACAGUUUGACAGAGAUGAGGAGGGAGUGUUGGUGACGUUUACUCGGGCUCCUUGAGAUAGCAGUGCGUGUCAGUGCCUCCUAAACUUUGCACUUAUGCUGAAUCUGAUUGGUAGAACGGGGGUGUUCAGGUCAACGGCCGGAUCUUAGCUCUGUUUGGCGAAGCUGGAUAAAAGUCAGCACGUGUUCUGUUGAUCAGCUGAGCCGUUGAUGAUGUGUAAAGAAAGGCAGCUGACACGGCAACCUGAACUCCACCCACACUAGUCAAAGUUACAACCGUCAUUGGUUGACAGUUGCUGUUGAAAUGAACCAUAUCAGUGGCAACAGUUUGAAUUGAAGCCUCAUUGGAGGUUGCGUAUUAUUGGUAACAUUAUGGUAGACCACUAUGUAUUGCUGUAUAUGGGGUGUAUAUUAUCAAUUGUCCAUAUGACUAUUUUUCUUUGCUGGUUGCUUUAGAGUCGAGCUCGCCGGCUGGGGAACAUAGGGUGAGGGCGGGGCUUCCAAAAUACUUGGACCUUGUCAUUUUUUAAAGAAAAAAAGUUAAAAAAAAUAAACAUAUUAUAAAAACUCAAA